UCACUCCUCUCUCUCUCUCGCUCGCUCUUUCUCUCUCCUCUCUCUCUCUCGCUAGCUCGCAAGAAAUGGAUGUGGAUGACUUCUGUCGCGAACUCUGGGAAGGAAUGGAUCCGUCGGAAAUUUUAAAAAUCCUCGAGUAUAGAGAACCGUUGAACCUCAGUCACAGGGAGGACAUUGUGGAUGGAGCGAACACCGAACCAACAGAUCCCAAUCCUCCUGCGGCUGUUUUCGCUGAGGCGGCGGCAGCGGAGGUAGAGAACCAGAGAGCAUCCGUUCUCGGCCUUGGAGAACCGAGGGUCUUCUGUCCCGGAGACAACGCUGUGGAAGAAGCGAACACUGAACAAACAGAGCCUCUUCCUUCUGCGGCUGGUCCGGCAGCGGCACAGGCCCAGAGCCCUCUCUUCCCUGACUUCUACCUCGGCACGAUCACAGCUGAAAAGGAGGCCAUGGCUAAUCUGGACCGCGAGUUCGAGUCCCAGAACGCCAUCGAAGUCUACUUCUCCAACUCCGACCAGCAACCAGGGGUCGAGCACACAGCGAAUGAUAGGAAUCGGGCCGAUAAUGAUUUCGAGGAGGCAAUGGCGACUCAUGAAUAUGGCUCCAACAACCUCGCGGACUCCAGGAUCUCUGGCAUCCACCGUGGCAACCAGAGAGCCGGCAACACCGAGACUGUGGUCUCAAGCCAGCUGUGCAGCACUCAGUCUUACAACCCUGGGAAAGAUGAGCUCGAUCGCUUCAGGAACCAGGAACAUAGCUUGAUCAAUCACAAAUUGAGUCAGGGAGCAUCUUGCUCCACAUUGCCCGAGGCGAUUGGCGACGAAGAUGAAGCGCAGUCUACUUCUGCUAAUAUAGAUGGAGAGGAGCUCGUGUCUGAUCUGGGGGUGCCGAGAGUGGGGCUGGAGUUCUGUUCAGAGGAGGCGGUAUAUAAUUUUUACAACAAGUAUGCUAAACAAACGGGUUUCAGGGUGAGAAAGGGAAAACCACAACGCUCGAGAUUAAACAAGGACACCAUCACAGGAAAGUACUUCUUGUGCUCUUGCCAAGGCCACAAGUCCAAAAAGCAGAUCGAAAAGCAGACGCUGUACAAAAGACGGGACACGAGAACAGGCUGUGAAGCUAACAUCAAGUGUGUGGUAAGUGAUGGAAUGUGGAAGAUCUCAAAGGUUGUUCUCGAGCAUAAUCACAGUCUCGAGGGAUGUCUCGCUAUCACCCAUGGGAGAGCGGACGAUUCAUGUGCUACGAUGACUCAUUCGACGGACAAGACUGUGGACGAAGUUAGGACAGUUGGAGAGCAGGCUCUUGUUUCCGAUGUUGAUUCUAGUGAUGUCCCCCAGGCACGUGGAAAAUUCACCCAAUGCUUGAGCAUAAGGAUACUCAAGACUUAAUUGAUCACUUCAAGAAUAGGCAGAUUGAAGAUCCUUCCUUUUUUUACACGGCACAAGUAAAAGCGGCAUCUGGCAUGGCGAAUUUUUUUUUGGAGGGAUAGCCGGUCUAAGAUCGAUUACGAGCAUUUCGGAGAUGUUUUGGUCCUGGACACAAGAACUGAGAUAAAAAAGUAUGGCAUGAUCUGUGCAGUAUUUUGGGGACUUAAUAAUCACCGGCAGCGCAUCAUAUUCGGAUGUGCUUUCUUGGUCGAUCAAACUGUGGGUUCAUUAAAUUGGUUGCUCCGGAGUUUCGUCGAAGUAAGCUGUCACAAACCGAAGACGAUUAUUACUGAAGUCAGUGAAGAAAUUGCCGAUGCCUUAAGGGUAGUCUUGCCAGAGACAGCCCAUUGUUUGCAAUUUUGGUCUAUCUUGAACGGUUUUAAGAACUUGUCUACUUUGAGUGAUCGAGCCAGUGUCGGCAACCUCUUCAGGGACUGCGUCUUCCAUGUCCACUCGCAGGUAGAAUUCGAGUUUAAAUGGAAUUCUUUUAUAGGAAAGUACAAGCUACAUGAAAAUAGGUGGUUUGCUUCUUUGUAUGGAAUGCGUGAGAAAUGGUCUCAUGCGUUCACAAAGAACGUGUUCUCAGCUGGCCUCAUCUCGAUACAAAACAAUGAGGAUGCUCGUGCUAUUUUUGGGAAUCUCUCCUGCAAGACCAUGACACUAUCCCAAUUUGCACAACAGUGUGAAAAGAUGGCCGAGCACAUGCGUCGGAAAGAAUUUCUGGAGGACAUGCGUUGCGAGAAAAUCUCGGCGAAUUUGCAAUCCAAGAAUCCGGUAGAGAAAGAAGCUGAACGCUUGUAUACUAAACCGAUCUUCAACAUGUUUCAAAAGGAGUUGAGCAAUAUCCUAUCACUGUCAAUUGAAGAAAUCGGGGGCAAGGCGACUCUUCGUGAGUUUAAAUUGACCGAACAAGGCAGCAUGAACAUAGACACUGUCAAGUUUGAUCCUUCCAAUUCAACAUUGGUAUGUAGCUGUGGGAAGUUCGAGUCAGUCGGUAUUUUAUGCUUUCAUGCUUUGAAAGUACUCAAUUUUAUGAAUAUAUUCAAUAUACCGUCUCGUUACUUACUGAAACGAUGGACGAAAUCUGCCAAAGACAGCCUUCCACUGGACAGCCCCCGCACAGGCACUGCACGUGACGGAGGUCCUGAUAAUUUGUUUAUGGGUGAGUUUAUGCGACAGGCUUUGCAUGUCGCCUAUAUGUCUGUAAAUAAGAAGAGGAAGAGAAAAGCUAUGGCGAUCAUGAAAUCUGCAUUGGAGGACAUUGCCAAGGUUCCGAAGACAGAAUAAGUUACGGUUGCUCUUGACAAUUCAGAUGCUAACGAUGACAUGGGUCAGACCAUUUGGAAUUAUUCCUCAGAUCACAACUCGAGCAGGACAACGUAGCUAAAUCUGGGAUGAGAUGUUCGAGAGUGAAACGCGAAGUUUGAAGGCCAUGGACCAGCUGGAAACCGAAGAGAGGUUUAGUCUUUUCCUUACCAAUUUGUUUCUCAAGUUCACUGCCCCGUGUCUGCACUUCCACAUUAGAAUGCAUUAUCUCAGUAGGAUUAGUCUUCUUCUCUUAUAGUAACCAUUAUUACCAAUUAAGAACGACAAAUAGGUAUUACUCAUUGGUUUAAAACAUGAACUCUUCUUUUGCCU